GGGGUUCGCGUCCGGCGGGGGCCACCCGAAAAUGGCAGCGCCCAUCCGGCUGCUCCCCCCCCUUCCUUCCCGGGCGGGAGGGCACCGCGUUUACCGGCACCCCCGUCCCCGCGAGCCCCGGGACGAGCGUGGGGUCGGUACCGCUCGCCGCCUCGCCCGGGGGCGCCGAGCCAAGGCCUCGCGCAGGCGCCGUUGUUGCCGCCGCCGCCUGGCUCACGACAUGGCGGCGCUGCGCGUGCUGCGGCGGGCGGCGGGGGCGCCGCUGUGCCGGGCCGGUGCCGGGGACCGGCGGGUCGCUUCGGGGGGACCCCCGCCCUCCGUGCCUCAGCGCAUCGAGGAGAAACGCCGCGCCGCCCUCCUGGGCGGCGGGCAGGCCCGCAUCGACGCGCAGCACAAGCGGGGAAAGCUCACUGCAAGAGAACGGAUUCUUCUGCUGUUGGACCCCGACAGUUUUGAUGAAUAUGACAUGUUUGUGGAACAUAGGUGUUCUGACUUUGGGAUGGACUCUAGUAAGAAUAAGUAUCCUGGAGACAGUGUGGUGACUGGCCGUGGACGGAUUAAUGGGAGACUGGCUUAUGUUUUCAGUCAGGAUUUCACUGUGUUUGGAGGUAGCUUAUCUGGAGCUCAUGCCCAGAAGAUCUGCAAGAUCAUGGAUCAAGCUGCCCUGGUCGGAGCCCCCGUGAUUGGGCUGAAUGACUCUGGAGGAGCCCGUAUCCAGGAGGGAGUGGAGUCCUUGGCAGGCUACGCAGAUAUAUUUUUGAGAAAUGUUCUGUGUUCUGGGGUAGUUCCACAGAUUUCCCUCAUUAUGGGUCCUUGUGCUGGUGGAGCUGUGUAUUCGCCCGCUUUAACUGAUUUCACAUUCAUGGUGAAGGAUACAUCCUAUCUAUUCAUCACUGGCCCGGAUGUCGUUAAGUCUGUUACCAAUGAAGAUGUCACCCAAGAGCAGCUUGGGGGUGCGAAGACACACACUGCUGUAUCUGGAGUCGCACACAGAGCCUUUGAGAAUGAUAUAGAUGCUUUACUUAAUCUCCGAGAGUUCUUUAAUUAUUUACCUCUCAGCAACCGUGAUCCAGCUCCGGUGCGGGAAUGCCACGAUCCCAGUGACCGUCUGGUUCCUGAGCUGGACACAGUUGUCCCCAUUGAAUCUACUAAAGCCUACGACAUGCUGGAUAUCAUACACUCCAUUGCCGACGAAAGGGAAUUCUUUGAGAUCAUGCCUGCCUAUGCCAGAAACAUUGUUGUUGGAUUUGCCAGGAUGAACGGACGAACCGUUGGGAUAGUGGGCAACCAACCCAAAGUAGCAUCAGGGUGCUUAGACAUAAAUUCUUCUGUGAAAGGAGCCCGCUUUGUGCGUUUCUGUGACGCCUUCAACAUACCACUGAUUACUUUUGUGGACGUUCCUGGAUUUUUGCCAGGUACAGCUCAGGAGUACGGUGGGAUCAUACGUCACGGUGCAAAACUACUGUUUGCCUUUGCAGAAGCAACUGUGCCUAAAAUUACUGUCAUCACCAGGAAGGCCUAUGGGGGUGCCUAUGACGUGAUGAGCUCAAAGCACUUACGAGGAGAUGCAAACUACGCCUGGCCCACGGCGGAGGUGGCCGUGAUGGGCGCAAAGGGUGCUGUCCAGAUCAUCUUCAGAGGAAAAGAGGCAGAUCGAGAGGCUGAAUACGUGGAGAAGUUUGCAAACCCCUUUCCUGCUGCCAUGAGAGGGUUUGUUGAUGAUAUCAUCCAACCUUCCACCACCCGCCUGCGCAUCUGCCAUGACCUGGAGGUGCUGGCUGGGAAAACCCAGCCCAGUCCCUGGAAGAAACACGCCAACAUCCCGCUGUGAGUGCCAGAGGGGCUUGGCCGUGCUGGAACACACAUACUCUCUGUUGAAGUGGAGGUCCACUCUGCAAUAUUUCUUUUCAUUUUGAUUUUGCUAAUGACCAUGAAUAAAUCAUAGUACGUAUCUCAUACA